AUGACGCGGGUCUCCUACGACUCCAGAAGAUGGAGAGAGGGCCAAGGUCCCCGGCUGCUUGGCGUGGUCAGUGAAUCCGGAGCAGAGCCCCAGAGCCCGGGACAGGGGUGUGGCUUGAGCAUCAGUGGUUGUCUUGAGCUGCAGGAUCCGGCAGCACCUCCCAACACCACUCCAGGCGCCAUGGGCGAGCUUCCGCCCUACGUCCCAGGCUUCAAGAUGCACUCCAAGAACUUGCUCUCAAAACAGAAAGAAACGUCCUUCCACCCGGACCGCCUGUGGAUUUGGGAAAAAGCCGUGUACAAGGACGAGAACCAGCGCACCUGGCUGCCUAUAACCAUGGAGACAGAGAGUGGCCUCCAAGUGCUCAUGCAUCAAGAAGAUGUCCCCCUGGGCAAGGCCAUGAGCCCCAGUGAGCUGGAACCGUGCCUACUGCCUUUGAUGUGGCAGCUCUACCCUGAAAAAAGAUACCGCGCCUCAGAUUCCAGUUUCUGGCGCAUAGUCUACCAUGUGGAGUUCAGUGGCAUGGAGGACAUGUUGCUUGAGAAGCUGCCCCUCCUGGAGUGGGAAUGAUAACGGUCUUGCAGUUCCUGACUCCUUCCACCCCAUGCAGGAGUCCUGCGGCCUACAAUGGGGAUGUUUGUGCUUGUGUUCACCUUUGUUUAUUAGCCCUGUGUGUUUUCCUUUACCAUGCUGGGGUCUGGAGGAAAUGGACAGGCAGAGGAUGGGCCUACCCAGGGCCUGUGAGACCUGCCUGCAGCCCACUCAGCCUCCCUCAGCUUUCAGCACUGCUAUCUGCUUGGCAGAUGGCACCAGGGAGGACCCAGGUCGGUAUAGCUUCUUCUAGGUGCCCCAGCUAUACCUGUGCCUCUGACUUUCCCAGCUGGCUGAUGGUUUUCAGUGUUUCUCUGUCCCUUCUGGCCUUCAUAGCAACUGCUGUCUCAUGCUACACACCCAGGGGCUGUUGCUGUUCUGUCCUCUCAGCUUCAUGUACCCCGAGAAUGGAACCUAUGCCCCUGAGCCAGGCCACCAAGACUCUGGACUAGCCAUAUUACAUGGUGCUGUGCCUACAGAAAACCCACCUACCCUCGCAGGUUCAGAUGCAAUUUAAAGAAAGGCCUGAAGGAGCCUGUGUCUGUGCUCAGGACACAGAAGCUCAUUGGUCAGUGCUCCACAGCCCAUGACAGCAGGGAGCCAGGCAAGUGAGCACUGAGGGUGAGCCCUCUGGUGGCCCACUGCAGAAGGGAUACAGGUUGGAUCUCCCCGCUUUACAGGUGGUCACGCACCUGGGUGUUAUGAGGUUGUGUGUA